AAGGUCGGCUAACGCCGACACUGCCCCACUUCUGCCAGUGCCUCCUCCGCAGUGAGCCAAAGCACGAGUGAUGUCUGGCGCAAUCAAACUUAUCCUUCGACCUCCACCAAAUGUGGAUUUCUUGCAAGGGUUUCCUGGUGUUCCAGCAGGUCCAACCCGGCCACACGCAUCAGUUGGAGGCUCCGUAGAAGUUCGGGUGGCAGAUUCCCACCCGAUAAAGGCCAAAUGGAUACGUAUUGAGCUACGGAAGAUUGAGAUGCUUCCGGGACAGGGAAAUCAUUUUGUGGAAACAGUUGGCAACGGCUCUUUUAACAUAUGGAGUGCCAGGGAUGACUGGGAGGUCCUUACUACGAGGGACAUACAAUUCUCGAUUAGGAUACCGGAAAAUGUCCCACCCAGCACUGCGUUGCAGAACGGCAAUGGCAUUAAAUACGAGCUGGUCGCAACUAUAUGCUACAAAACCAAGAAGGGUCUGUUUCGGCGUGAUACUCCCACGUUGAUUUCUACCUCUUCCCAAAUUAUCAUUGAUAAGCACGAGCUCCACUCAGCCUGGCCAGCAUAUUGCCAGAAAGAUGUGCGACAGGUCAAUAAGGAUGGGUUGACACUCACCGUUGAAAGAGGAAACACCUGUUAUGGUCCGGGCGAUCGGGUCGUAUUGCAUUCAUCCGUUCAAUGCGGCAAGACUUCGGUCUUUGUACGCUCUUUCGAGAUGGCUCUCCGAGAAACUGCUGUAUUCCGGCAGAUAGUAUCUGCAGGCAACAAGGCGUCAAAUGGGCCGCAAAUUAGCUCCAAUUUCGUUGGAUCGGAGAAAGUGACCGUGAACGCGAGCAUCCCAGCGGGCGGUUCGCUGAACUGUGACUUGGGAUGUCCCAUCCCUACUGGCCAUACAUCAACAACCGUGGUCACAGCCAAGUACAUAGAGGUCAUAUACAGCAUAGCUGUCCGUGCCAUGUUCGAAGACGGCAGAGAUCUAGUGAUUGACAACAUUCCUGUCAUGAUGUCGAAUUGGCCGAGGAAUGUCUCUGAGGAAACUGUCAGACGAAUAGGACAUGCACCUCAUUUGUCCUUGGACGCUCCUCCAAUUUCGUCGUCACCAGCUCGCUCCCAAAAUCAAAUAGUUAACGGGGCUAAUAAUUCUCGAACCCAGUCGCAGCCGCGACCACGACCUUACAGCAUUUCGGAGCGUGUUGGCAGCUCAACGCCUCACCCCUCUACCAUGGGGACCUCGAUGCCGACUGUGAAUGAGUUUGGCGAGACAGCUAGACCAGCUCCGAACGAGUACUCUCAAACGACGAAUGGCCGACUGCACGAUACAUCAACGCAGAGCGCCCAGUCACCUUCGCAAAAUUUGGUGCCAGGGAAUCGUCCGCCGUCGAGUAGUGGCGCUGGUGGAGGUUCUCGCAUAGGUACAAAAUCGGUUGUCAACGCGGAUACAGAUAGCUCUACUGCUGGACAACAGCAUUAUGUGAAUGCGGCCGAUGAGAAAGCUAUGUUAGCACGUCAUCAGCAAAUGGCAGACGAGGCUCGCAUGCAGAGUGGGCCAAGUGAUUCUGCGGGACAGGCACAGGGGCCUGGCCAGGCUUAUCAGCAACUUCCGCAACAGCAGUCCGACCGCCAAUGGCUAAGCGCGGAAGAAGAGAAAAGGAAACAACAGUUGCAAAGCAAGUUAUUCAAUGAGGCUAAGCAGGUCGCGGAGGCUACUCAGGCGAGCGUCGGUAAUCCAGACGGCUUCUCGUCUCAAGUCCCGGGCGCUGGCCAAACAGCGCAAUGGCUUACCGCAGGGGACGAGAAACAACGAAUGUUUGAAGAGGCGCAGGCUACAGCUCGUCGCACUCAAGCUUUGGCAGCGAAAAAUACUAAUGCAUACGUUUACGAUCCCUCGCGUGCUUCAAGCCCACAGUACGGGGCUGCGGGCACCAAAGCUAACGUUACCAAUCCCUCACCCAAGCCCGUUGUACAACAAGAACCUAUGAGAGUUGUCCUUCCUCCUAGCACUACCCCCCCACAUCAGCGUACUGCAAUAUCUACGGGGGCGUCAUUGUAUCAGCAGGCAAUGUCGUCCAUCCCCGCCGCCCAGCCUGUGCCAGUGACGAACCCAGACGAUCGACAUAGCGCAGCACCGAAAUUCAAGGCAGAGCAGUCAUCCUCCACUCGACCGCCUGCUGCGCCGAAACAGUGGCCCACCGCCUUACAGGAGAAGGAACAGAUGAAAUACCUAGAGGCUAAACGUGCGGUCGAACGCCAUCAGCGCGUGACCUCGACGGAUCCUGUCCCAUACGAUGCCCUGUAUCCGACGAACAGUACCAGCAAUGGUAACGCUUCCAAGGAUACCAACAGAGCCAAUAGCAGUGGUCAUCGCAAUGCCGCAGUUUCCAAUAUUCUAGCUCCAGGAAGCCCUGGUCAGGUUCCCCACCAGAUUGCACCUUCUUACGUUGGGGGUGGCUCUGGAUCGUCUUCCUCAAGCGUCCGCCAGAACAACAUGAGCAAUGGUCCCCCGCCGACUCCACCGCCCAGACGUAACACUUCUACGUCGACGUCCUCGCCUCCCCCCACAAUGAGCUCAAUCAGAGAGAAUGGCGUGAACGGGGUGCCGCCCUACGACCAGCUUGCUCGGCCUCUAAAUGCUUUAGAGGAGAAGGCACUGCUGAGUAGGAAGUAUGCACAAGAAGACGCGGCUGUAGCAGCAGGGCCUUCCUCUUCAAACUGGGCUGAUGCGCCACCUCCUCCCGCUAGCCCGCCGCCACCCCCCUCUGAUACACUGAAUCGUCCCCUCAACGCUGCGGAAGAGAAGGCACGUGUGAAAGCACAGUAUGAGGCUGCAGACAGAGCGGCCGCAUCGUCCAUUCCUUCCUCUCUUGAAACGGGUCCUCCACCCCCGUUCGACUCCCAACAAUGGAAAGCCCCUCCUUCGCCUCUGGUUCAGGCCCCUGACGGGAUGCCUCAAUAUUUUUCUCCUACAACGCUUGGGCAAUAUCCACUACAAUCCUCCUAUGCCAAUGGGUAUGCCAAUGACUCCGGAGUUCAAACUCAAUCAAUUCCACCGCCUCCACCACCAGAAGCCUCUCAUCAGGUUCAGGCGUCAAUACCAGUCGUUCAUUCGCCACCAGCCGAUAUGACAACGGUGGCACGGCCGCACAUCCUGUUUCAUUGAGCCGUGAUCCCUCUAUCAGCAUUGGAAAGCGCACCCUCAAUUUUCAAUCGCCCUCUCCACUUUUACCACAGCCCCCAGCAGAACGCGUACACCUGGAUAGGGACCAGAGUACUGCCUGGGUUUCUCCGACAUCUGAGCCCUCCGAUUACUCCCUGGACGUUCAGCCUCUCUCGCCGUUUGAUGUUUCUUUCUCUGCUGAACGCCCACCAAUACCUCCAAAAGUCCCUAUAUCAUCUGAUUGAUCUUUAUUACGAUCUGGCACAUCAUUUCUGGUC